AUGCGACAAGUCGAAGCAAAGACGCUGUCCAACCUCGAAGUGCACCCCUUCCUCCUGAAAAAAUGGACCUACGCCUUCAAGACGUUUUUUGAUAUCAACGGAAAUGGCUCUCUGGAAUAUAAGGACUUUGACACGCUUGCCCAUAUCAUCAGAGCGACGCGAGGGCCGAGAAGCCACGAAUACAUCAGCGCCAAGCUGGCCUUCCCCGAAAUCUGGUACUCCCUCACGCAAGCCGCGCAGAUUGAUGAGGGCGGAAAGCUGAAUCUGGAUGAUUGGAUCUCAUUGCUAACGAAAAACCGAAACGGAAAGUGGCAGAAAAGCUACCUUGACUAUAUGUACAACCUUUUUGACGCGUCAGGUGAUAGACUCGUCGAUCAAGCUGAAUAUGUCCAAGUUAUGUCCUACUUUUCCAUCGACCGAGACACGGCCAACCGGGCUUUUGACCAAUUUGCCGUGAGUAGCGACGGCACCCUUCUAAUGGCGAUCGACUGGAAGCAGUUCAACCAAUUGUGGCAAGAUUUCUUCUCGUCCACCGACAUUCACGCGCGGGGAAAUUAUUUGCUUGGUUGUGUCCAA